GAUGAUCCUAGGCCAAAGAAUUGGUAAAUAAUUGUACCUAGGAGAUAAUAAAUGGAACUUCAAAGAUUUACAGGCACUCACGUUUGGCCUAAUUACCGACAAAGCCUCUGAGGUCAUUAAGAGAGACUUCCAAGCACUUGAGGGCAAGGCAAAGGAGAUCGAAACCUCACUAGGUACUAAGAAGUAUACUCGAGGCCGCACCUGCUGAGAUCACGAAGGACACCAAUUAGGAAGAGGAGAUUGAUGUCGACAAGACACAGGUUGACGGCGACUGCAGCCCCAUAAAAUUUGAUCUCUACCUGCCAGGAAUCGUCAAAGGCGUAGAGGUCACAGGAAAAUUCCCAGUCGGAGCCCUAUUGACCACGAAUCUCAAGCUAAACAUGCCGUUGGGCACCAGCUUCCUCGCACGAUACGGCGCGAACCUUGACUACCCCAACCGAACGACGUCAUUUGCGUCAUGUCAGGACCUCACCUUGCCGUUCGAAGCCGUGCAGAAGCCGACGCGUCAGUCAGGCAGCAGCAGCGGCCCGCGGAGUAUCCAGGCUGCCGAGCUCUCCGUCUACAAUGCACCCCAGGGCGCCAUCGAGGCACAGGGCAGAAGCAGUGCAGACAACAAUCUACUUCCUUCGGUGACAGCUCCGACCGGGGUUGGCGCGAUCAGGGGCAUGAACGAAGCCUUUGACGUGGAUAUCGCUAGUGGAACCGCAUCGUUGAAGAUUCCGAUUCCCAUCUCCCUAUGCAUACGAUGGGUCCUCCUGUCGCUCUACGUAGCCAAGGUCUGCGACGGCGAGAGAGUGUACAACUACGUCGACAACGUUGCGGUCCUCGGCAAGGCGGUGCCGCUAGUAAAGAAAUGA